CAGAUCCUGGUCGGGCUAGCUUGAUAGCCAGCCACGUCACCUCCUCCUCUCCCAGCUUGCCUGUCGGACCUUUCUUUGCGCACUCAUAGCAGAAGUUCGUCCAGGAUUCUGCAGACUUUCCAUCACUUUUGCUGACGCACAUCUCGGACCAGGAGCCAGCGGAGCCGCCGCCCACCUCAAAGCUGCUAGCUUGUAUCCCCCCCCCCCCCUCCCGAUCGGCUCCGUUGAUCUGCUCCGGGCUUAUCUCCGCUUCUCCUUUGCGGAGAGUCGGCAGUGUUGUGGGAGUUUGAAGGCCUGCCAGGAGUCCCCUGAAGUUUGACAGCAUGAACAUCUUUCGGCUGGCGGGAGACGUGUCCCACUUGGUGGCUAUCCUCAUCCUCCUGAUGAAGAUAUGGAGCUCCAGGUCCUGCGCUGGCAUCUCCGGGAAGUCUCAGGUGCUGUUCGCCCUGGUGUUCACCACCAGGUACCUUGACCUGUUCACAAUCCACAUUUCAGCCUACAACACCAUCAUGAAGGUGGUGUUCCUGGCUCUGUCCUACGCUACGGUGUACCUGAUCUACAUGCGCUUCAGGAACUCCUACAAUUCGGAGAACGACACGUUCAGAGUGGAGUUCUUGUUGGUUCCGGUCAUCGGGCUGUCCUUCCUGGAGAACUACGCUUUCACUCCCCUAGAGAUCUUGUGGACCUUCUCCAUCUUCCUGGAGUCGGUGGCCAUAAUGCCCCAGCUCUUCAUGAUCACCAAGACGGGCGAGGCGGAGUCCAUCACCACCCACUACCUGUUCUUCCUGGGCCUCUACAGGGCCCUCUACAUAGCCAACUGGGUGUGGCGCUACCACACGGAGGGCUUCUUCGACCAGAUCGCCGUGGUGUCCGGAGUGGUCCAGACCAUCUUCUACUGCGACUUCUUUUAUCUGUAUUUCACGAGGGUGCUCCGAGGAAAAGGAAAGAUGAGUCUGCCGAUGCCGGUUUAGAACGGACCUCUGAGGCUGCCGCCGUCCUGCGUCGGGGGGGAGGGAAGGGGGGGUGCGGUCCUUUUGCCUUUCCCUCUAGCAGUGCUUUAGCAAAGGGGACUGAAGGUCUUACAUCUGUAGACCAAAAUUAAAUAGAUUUUUUUGAUUGAUUGUUACUUUAAGUCUGUGUUUGUGCAUAAUUUUAAGUUUGUACACAGCAAUGCUGUGCGACCGUGUCAUUCUUUCUCCCCCGAGAGGAAACCGUGACGCCGGCCGCGUGUGUCUCUCCGAUGGACACCGCGGUCUCCACAAGUCACAGCCGUUUUGGUCCGACAUUUCCUUUUUUUUUUAAGAUACUUUUCUUUUAUAUACCUGAGAUCUUUCAAAUAACCUGAGAAGUUUCAAUACGAACAGCUUUGAAUGUGAAGUCCAGGAAAGCGAACCUGAGGGUGGGUCUCAGCGGAUGUUUUGAGUCCUCCAGUAGAAUGUAGAUUUUAGCUUUUUUUAGAGGUUCCUUCACUAAAUAUGAUCACCAAACGUCCACUC